UCUCCGAUGACUUGGCACAGCCUCCUGACAGUUUACAACACACGCAUUCGCAAUCCGCCGCCCACUCUGAACAGGACCCCGGAGCUGGAUGCUCUGCAGCCUGCCAACCCUCCCUCUCCUCCCGGGCUGGCUUUUUCCAGCCGGAACCUCGCUCCCUCUACUGCAAUCUCUGGAAAUUGGUGUCUGACGCGGCUGCUCCUGCCUAUUCUUUCUUUCUUUCUUUCUCCUUUUCUUCCCGCUGAGACCCUCCUGUCAGAAAGAGAGCCGCCGCAGUCCGGAGCCAGAGAAAGGCAGAAGCUGCCGGGAGAGCUGGGAGCAAAGAGGGGGUAGAGAGGGAUCCCAGACGCCCUUGUCUGUUUACCCUAGAGGACCAUGAGCACUGGGCAGGAGGCCAGGAGAGACGAGGGAGACUCCAGGAGAGGCCAGGAAGCCUCGCUUCGGGACCGAGCCCACCUGAGCCAGCAGCGCCGGCUCAAACAGGCCACCCAGUUCUUGCACAAGGACUCGGCUGACCUGCUACCCCUGGACAGCCUCAAGAGGCUCGGCACCUCCAAGGACCUGCAGCCACACAGCGUGAUCCAAAGACGCCUGGUGGAGGGAAACCAGAGGAGGCUUCAGGGGGAGUCUCCCCUGGUGCAGGCACUGAUCCAUGGCCAUGAUAGCAGCAGGACCAGUGGGACACAGGUUCCAGCUCUUCUUGUCAACUGCAAGUGCCAGGACCAGAUGCUUCGAGUGGCGGUGGACACAGGGACCCAGCACAAUCAGAUAUCUACUGGAUGCCUCAGGCGCCUGGGGUUAGGGAAGAGGGUCCCAAAAGCCCCAGGUGGGGACCUGGCACCUGGGCCACCAAGUCAGGUGGAAGAGCUGAAGCUAGAGUUGGGGCAGGAGACUGUGGCAUGCUCGGCCCAAGUGGUGGAUGUGGAGAGCCCUGAAUUUUGCCUGGGACUGCAGACUCUGCUUUCCCUCAAGGUAAGGCAUCCAUGCUUGUGCCUGGCCCAAAUGCUAGCUUGUGCCUGGUGGAAGGCUCAGGGAGGAAGCCCAGAGGAGGCUGGCGAGAAAGACAGAGAAGCGUGAAACCCGGAACUUACUUAAUUAGCCCCCAAAGUAAACUCAGGAGAACGGUUCUCUCCCUGAAGGGGCAGGGGCAUGGGAGCAAGGAGAGGCAGAAGGAAGGGGAGCAGGUGGGAGCGGGCAGGGAGGUGACACACAUGCGGGGUCCCCAUGGCAGUGCUGCAUUGACCUGGACCGUGGAGUGCUGCGGCUGAAAGCCCCCUUCUCGGAGCUGCCCUUCCUGCCUCUGUAUCAAGAGCCUGGCCAGUGACCGCUGUCUCAGCCAGUCCCCAGGGCGACACUGUGCCUUAGGGGAAAAGUAGUGAGGAGUGGGACGCUGCCUGACAGGGCAUCUGGAGACCACUGCAUUGUCUGUUUUCUCACCACCCCGAUCCUGCAGUUGCCCCCGUUUCUGCUUCUCCAUAGCUGCUCUCUGCCCCAGGAGUUCCCGAGAAUUUCUAUGACUCCAAGGUUCUGGCUUCCCCAUUCUCUCUUAUCCCUCCCUGAGAGCACAGCCAGGUCAGUUACAGAAAAGAAUCUACAGAAAAUGGACUCUAGACUAUGUCCUAGCCCUAGGGGGUCGACUGCUGCCUCCAUCUGCCUGAGGUCCACACAUUACUCCUCUACUGUCUACCUGCAUCUCCCACCCCUAGGGCAUAUCACAACCAGACUCCUAGCCUGCCUGCCAGCCCUCCUGGGACCUGCCCCUUUGAUCCUGAACCUAUCUGCUUAUGGUUGGGGGGGGGAGUGACAAGUAAGUAGGACUGUUAGACUAGGAAGGCAUAGUCCCUGAGCUGAGAGAGCUUUUAGUUAGGCUGCAGAUAUCCGAGUGUCUUUCUGGCUGGGCUGACUCUCAAAUCAUGGUUAGGGAAAGAGACAAUGACAUACCUAACCCAUAACAGGAAACUGGGUCCCUUACUUGGGAACUAAAUACUAGGCCUAGUGUGGGUACACCCAAGAGGAACCAGGACACAGCCUCACUUUCUUCACUCUCAAGAGCGGGCUGGCUGAGCAUAAGUGUCAUGGUACCUGGUCUCAAUCCUGACUCCCUCAUCACCUUGCUUAGAGAUCUAUGCUCCUUUCCCGGUCUGCCUCCUACUGCUCCUGUAAUGACAGACCUGGCCCAGGGCAGGCCCUUAGCCUGCUUCUGCAUUUGAAUAAACACUGUUUCUCUAA